AUGGCCAUCUUGAAGCACGGCGGGACAAACCCUUGUCAGAGACACUCUCCCAGGGGCUCCCGGAAGUGGCCGACCCGUCUGGCUCGGAACGCGGAGGCUUCGCACAGGCGGGACGACAAGCCAACCCUGAACGGCACCCGAGAGGGGAAGCCAGAAGAGAACGCCACCCAGUACGCCGUGUUGGCCAUUGUGCCCGUCUUCUGCGUCAUGGGACUCUUGGGCAUCCUUUUCUGCAACCUCCUGAUGAAGAAGGGCUAUCAUUGCACCGCCCAGAAGGACGAGGAGGGGGGCAAAGCCGAGAGGAACGGGAACAGUUCUGCCUCCCGGAUAGAAGACGCAAAUGAAGACACCAUCGGGGUCCUUGUGCGCCUGAUCACGGAGAAAAAAGAGAAUGCUGCCGUCUUGGAAGAAAUGUUGAAGGAUUAUCACAGCAAACAGCUCAUGCCGCCGGUUUACAAGCCCUCCGUGAACAAGCCGCAGCUCCUGCCUCAGUUUCCCCACAUCUGCCGGCACCAGCACCACCUCCACACGGUCCAGGGCUUAGCCACCCGCUCGGGCCCCACCUGCACUCGCUGCAGCCAGAGAAAGUGGCCGGAGGUUCUCCUCUCCCCGGAAGCUGCCGCCGCCGCGGCCGCCAACGCAACCGGCAGCACCGUCACCAAGCCGGCAAAGCCCGGAAGCAAGGCCUGCCGGCCGGGGGAGAUCACCCUCCUCUCCGUGGGCAGGUUCCGCGUCGCCCGCAUCCCCGAGCAGAAGCCCAGCCCCUCGGAAGUGAAAACCAUCUCAGAGAGCGCAGGAACCGAACCGAAGGAGCCCCCCUACGCCUGCCUGGUUCCGGAGCAGAGACCGCUGGUCGGGAAUCCCAUAAGGCCCAAACGGCUUACGACGGAAGAUGGCCAGCAAGAGGUGAGGGGGCUGAGGGAAAACGGGCACCCACUUCUGCAGGAGCUGUGUGUUCCCCAGGUGCCCCUGGUUCCGUGUCGCACACCCAGCUCUCCAAACGAGGUGUCCGUUUGA